UGUUUGAAAAUAAACAGUUUUCCAAAAUCCAAAUUUUUUAUUUACGAACUGGCAUCAUGCCGUCUGUGGAUCACGUGGUGCACCAUGUGCUGGCGCCUAUGGCAAUCGAGGCUCUCGAUUGCAUAGUGCCUGUUAUCCGCCACCUGGUGAUUAUCCUACAUGAGUCCUUCCUCGUUGAUCACAAGGAGCCGGAGCCCGUGAUCGAUGUGUCUGGCAUGAUUCAGCCCGUCCGUAAAAUAGUCCUGAUCAUAAACGAUCCUACGCCGGAGCACCAUGCCGAUCAGCAGACGGUGGUCAGUUCCGAUGAUCUCCGCGGCCUGUUGGGUGGAUUGUCGCAGAGCAUUCGGAACCUGGCCCAUUCGACGUAUGCCACCAUCUCGGCGCUGGCCGACUAGCUAGAGUGAGGAGCCCCCGAACUAAUUGUCAGCCUGGUCUAGAUGAUCUUGCUGCGGUUGUUACUCCUCCGGAGCCAUGGAAACGGUGUA